AUGGCUCCAAGCAAGUUAAAGAAAGCCAUUGGGGCAGUGAAGGACAGGACAAGCAUUAGCCUAGCGAAAGUGGGUAACAAGAACUCACUGUCGGAUCUUGAAGUGGCAAUUCUGAAGGCAACAAGACAUGAAGAGUACCCAGCUGAGGAUAAACACAUAAGAGAAAUACUUAGCUUAACUUCAUAUUCUCGUGCUUACAUUGGUGCAUGUGUUAGCAUAAUCUCCAAACGCUUAAACAAGACCAAAAAUUGGACAGUUGCGUUAAAGACACUUAUGUUAAUCCAACGCCUACUUGCUGACGGUGAUCCUGCAUAUGAGCAAGAGAUUUUCUUCUCAACUAGGCGUGGUACUCGACUUCUCAACAUGUCAGAUUUCAGAGACACCUCACGUUCUAAUUCAUGGGAUUUCUCAGCAUUUGUCCGGACUUAUGCAUUGUAUCUUGAUGAACUACUAGAGUUCAGGAUGCAAGGUCGGCGUGGGAAGCGUAGCAUGUUUGGAAUUGAUGAAGAUGAAGAAGAGGUUGGGUCAUCCUAUGCAAAGUCAACACCAGUUCGUGACAUGAAAAGUGACAGCAUAUUUUCAAGGAUACAACAUUUACAACAGGUUCUAGAGCGCUUUUUAGCUUGCCGGCCAACAGGUUCAGCAAAGAGUAACAGGGUAGUGAUUGUUGCUCUGUACCCAGUGGUGAAAGAAAGUUUCCACAUAUAUUAUGACAUAACAGAAAUAUUGGGUAUUCUGAUAGACCGUUUCAUGGAGCUAGAGAUUAAUGACUCCGUUAAGGUAUAUGAGAUCUUUUGUCGUAUCUCAAAGCAAUAUGAUGAGCUUGAUUUGUUUUACGGCUGGUGCAAAACGGUUGGAAUUGCACGCUCUUCUGAAUACCCUGAAGUUGAGAAAAUAACACCAAAAAAGCUUGAACUAAUGGACGAGUUUAUACGUGACAAGUCUGCAUUGGCACAAAAUAAAAAGCCGAUGACUGAAAAGGAAGCGGAAACAACAACAGAAGAAAAAGAAAAUAUGGAUACUAUAAAAGCAGAAAAUAUGGAUACUAUAAAAGCCCUACCAUCGCCAGAGAGUUUCUACUGUGAGUUCCCUGAUGAAACAGAAGAACCGAAAGAAAAAGAAAAACAGAUUAUUAAAGAAGAGAAAAAUAAAGCGCAAUUAGAAGGUGACCUGUUGAACUUAGCUAACGAUUCAGUAACAACAGAAGAACACGGUGAUAAAUUGGCUUUAGCAUUAUUUGAUGGAAAUGCACCCUUUGGUCCUGCACCGCCUCCAGGAUGGGAAGCCUUCCAUGAGGAUACAGCAGACUGGGAAACAGCUUUGGUUCAAUCAGCAAGCAAUUUGUCGCAUCAACAAGCCUCACUUGGGGGUGAUUUCGAUAUGUUGUUAUUGGAUGGAAUGUAUCAACAAGGUACAACAGCGGCGGCAAUGGUGGCUAGUCCAGCAACAGGGAGUUCAAGUAGUGUUGCACUUGGGUCAAUAGGAAGGCCGGCAAUGUUAGCACUGCCUGCAACUCCAUCAACAACGCAAGGUACCCAAAGUAAUGCAGAUCCAUUUGAAGCAUCAGAUGCGGUGGCACCACCACCAUACGUACAAAUGUCAGAUCUUGAAAAGAAGCAAAAGCUUUUGGUGGAAGAACAACUAAUGUGGCAACAGUAUGCAAGAGAUGGAAUGCAAGGGCAGCUUGGAAUGGCUAAAUUACAACCCAAUUCUUGGAACAUGGGAGGCUACACACCGGGCUAG